ACUGUUGGAGAAGGAUCCAGAGCUUUCUGCCGCAAUCCGUUGCGACGCCUCUUUAGGCAGUUCUCUUCCGGUUUCGAGGUGCUGAUCGGAGCCCUGACGAGCUCUGAAUGUCGGAAAAUGCUUUGGGUUUGAAGUGAUUUUUGGUGUAGCUUGUGGGUUAUAGCUGAAAGUGCGAGAGACGGGAGGAUUGGCGAGGAGUUUGGAGCAUUUUGGAGUGGUGAGAGGAGGACGAGAGGGAGGCAGAGAUGGAGGGGAAUGGCGUUGUUGCGAUUUAUCGUAACAAUGGAAAUGGGUUGUUGGAGAACAACAAUAGCAAGAAGUCAGUCUCGUAUGCUGUGAAGGUUGGUUUGGCGCAAAUGCUGCGUGGUGGUGUGAUCAUGGACGUGGUGGACGCCAAUCAGGCCAGGAUUGCUGAGGAAGCUGGGGCGGUGGCCGUCAUGGCGUUGGAGCGCGUGCCGGCAGAUAUUCGUGCGGAGGGAGGCGUUGCCCGCAUGAGCGAUCCCGCGAUGAUCAAGGAGAUCAAGAAAGCCGUUACCAUUCCCGUUAUGGCGAAGGCCCGAAUUGGGCACUUUGUGGAGGCUCAAAUUCUUGAGGCAAUCGGUGUGGAUUACAUAGACGAGAGUGAAGUCUUGACACCAGCUGAUGACGUUAACCACAUCAACAAGCACAACUAUAGGAUCCCAUUUGUGUGUGGAUGCCGCAAUCUAGGAGAGGCCUUGCGUCGCAUUGCGGAGGGUGCUGCCAUGAUCCGAACCAAGGGAGAGGCUGGCACUGGUAAUGUUGUGGAGGCUGUAAGACACACGAGGUCAGUGUUGGGCGAGAUCCGGCGAUUGCAGAGCUUAGACGAUGAUGAGGUCUUCUCUUUCGCCAAGGAAAUUGCUGCACCUUAUGAGCUUGUGAGACAGACCAAGCAGCUUGGAAGAUUACCAGUUGUCAACUUCGCCGCUGGAGGAGUGGCUACUCCUGCAGAUGCAGCCUUGAUGAUGCAACUCGGAUGUGAUGGAGUGUUUGUAGGUUCAGGGAUUUUUAAGAGUGGCGAUCCUGCGAAGCGUGCGCGCGCUAUUGUGGAAGCUGUUACACAUUACAACGAUGCUCAUGUCCUUGCGGAAGUUAGUGAAAACCUUGGUGAAGCAAUGGUGGGUAUCAAUCUCAGUAACAAGAAGGUUGAACGUUUUGCUGCUAGGUCUGAGUAGAAAGUAGCAUAUUGGCUGUACAUGUCAUACGCGUAGUGUCACUCAUUUCAGUUUCCUGAAGAACCAUCUUGAAGGGAUAAUUCGCUGUACCAUUUUGGAAAACAAAUUGGGACGAAGUUGGACCUUUUCCAGCUUCCUUCCUGGUGGAGCAGGGGAGAGUGUGGCCGCUUUUGUUCACUGCUCUUAGUGCGCAGAAAAUGCACUUAAUAUAUUUAUAAUUAGAAGUUUCUUUUCUUUUUCUUUCUUCUUUA